UGCACCCCGCCGGGCGCAGCACCAUGACGACCUGCCGCCUCGGUCUGCUCCUCGCAGCCCUCCUCCUGGGCCUGCUGCUGGGCUUUUUCCCGGUCACAAGCACAGCAGUGAAACCGGGCGUGUGCCCCGAGCUGGAGGAGGAAGGGAACUGCACGCAGGAGUGCGGCUCGGACACAGAAUGCCCGGACAACCUCAAGUGCUGCCGCGCGGGCUGCGCCAUGCUCUGCCAAAUGCCCAAUGAAAAGCCCGGCUCCUGCCCCAGGGUGGACUUCCCCUUGACCCCGCUUGGCAUCUGCCGGGACCAGUGCCAGGUGGACAGCCAGUGUCCCGACCAGAUGAAAUGCUGCCGCAAUGGUUGCGGGAAGGUGUCCUGCCUCACACCUGUCUUCUGAGUUUCAGCCACCACAGCCUGAGAAUGAGGGAGUGGAAGUCUGCCCGGCCCUGUCCGGCGGCAGCCCCGCUGCCUUCCCCUUUCUGGCCUCUGUCUCCCUCCUGUGCUGACCACCAUUUCCUUCUCCGGCCAAUAAAGUGACCACUUCCAGCA